AUGGGAUUUGCGCAGCUUUCUACAUCAUCAUUCUACAAUCGGAGUUUUCAUCCUACGGCGUUAUCAUUGACAGGAAGGGACCAACAAGACAUAGACUAUCGCUCACGGGACACGACGGAAUCAGAGAGAAGAGUUCUUAAGAUCACACGAUUUAAUUCAGACGGGCCGAGGAGACAGCAUAUACGGGAUUCUCACGACUUGUUGUUUUAUUCCCACCAUUUCCAUCAGCGGGCUGCAUGA